CUUAUAUGUUUAUAAACAUAGCGUUACGUCAUUUCCUCUGUACUGCUUCAAGUUAUGACAUGAGAAAGUCAGCAUCUGCUCUCUUUGAAUUAAUAGACUACUUUGUGAUAUUCAGGUGGAGAGCGAAUAUAUUCACGAUUUCGAAUACAUGAUUUUUGUGGUUACAGUGUGAAUAACGUUGUCUUUUUGGGACACGCCCCCUUUUGACAAGUGGCCACGUUGGUUUGACAGGUGGGCGCCUUCAGACACUGGCCGUGUAAUUAGCAGUUUAAUGACGGACAUUAUGCCAUUUACGUACAUAAUGACAUGAAAAGAAGACUUCAAUAAGUGAAUGUGGUCUAUAUAAAGUUUGGAUUUGUUUCAGUAACAGCUGAACUAUAGAGAACAGUACUGUGGACGUCGCAAUGACGACAGAGAAAAAAACUGCAAAUUUUCUUGAUCUUCCGCAUGAAUUACAGGCUCUGAUUUUCUCAUAUCUGCCGAAUAAGGAUAUUUUUUCUGCAUGUCUAGUCUGCAAGCAGUGGAAUUCUGUAAUUAUGGAUACAGAAUUCUUGUGGAAGGUCAGGUGCAAUACACUUCAAGAGUUACAGCCAAGAGUUAGAGAUGACAAAGCAAAGGGCCAUAGUUGGAAGGAGACCUUUAAGAUGAACUAUGGGAGGAAUGGAGUGAAGAGGAUGUGGCAGCUGGGAUUCUUCAGUAACCCCGCAUCCUAUGAUGAUCUGCCUCAAGGGAUUUUCAGCAACAUGGAUGUCGACUCUUGGGCUGAUAUAUUUCAGCUAGAAUUGGAAAGAUCAUAGCAAAUGACUCUUUUUGGCAUGUACAUGUAAAAGUGAUUUUAUUUGGGAUGGCUUUUGAAAGACAUCUGAAUAUUUAUUGUGGUUUUAGCUGCAUUAUAGUCUCAACAAAUUCUGAUUUUAAAGUGAAUUGUGAUUUUAUAGUGCUGGGAAAUUUUGAUUUAAAAUCAUAUUAACAUGAUUUUUAGUUUGUUUUAUACAUGUACAUAUAUAUACAAGUAUACUGUAGCAAAAUGGCAUUCUUAGUAUCUUCAUUUC